AGCUAUGGAUGCUUUGGACAAAGUUCUGUAAGUGUGUGGGGCGCGAUGGCGUGGGGGCGAGUCUCCCGUGACCUCCGACGCGGUCUUCCGGCUGUCGCUCUUUCCGGUCGUGCUUUGCUAGUGGUCCCUAGGAAGGAGCCGGCUCGGCCGAUUCUCCGUCCGGAAUCGCCGCUGGGGAAGCCGUGGUGGCAGACCGCGGGCGGUGGGCUGGAGGGAGUGCCGACGCCGUGAUCGGCUUAUGACCUCGCCGCUGAUAGAUUCUGAGCUGUGAGAAUGGUGGUGGCCUCGGAAUCUGACAAGAACCAGGCGACACACUGGACUCAAAGUUUUGUCACUCUGGGCAUUUGAACAGCCCUAAAUCAGUUUACCCUGUAAAAAAAAUAGCUGUCACAACAGCCGUGUGUCAUAGAACUGUAGAGAGCAGUGUUUGCCACAACAGAAAGCCUAAAACUAAAAGGGCUAAGAGAUUCCUUGAGAAGAGAGAACCGAAACUCACUGAGAACAUUAAGAAUGCCAUGCUGAUUAAAGGCGGAAAUGCAAAUGCAACCGUGACACAAGUACUCAGAGACAUGUAUGCACUGAAGAAACCAUAUGGAGUUCUAUAUAAAAAGAAAAAUAUUACAAGACCAUUUGAGGAUCAGACGUCACUGGAGUUCUUUUCAAAGAAGUCAGACUGCUCUUUAUUCAUGUUUGGCUCCCAUAACAAGAAGAGGCCGAAUAACCUAGUAAUAGGUCGUAUGUAUGACUACCAUGUGCUGGAUAUGAUUGAAUUAGGUAUUGAGAAAUUUGUGUCUCUAAAAGAUAUUAAGACUAGCAAGUGCCCCGAGGGGACAAAACCAAUGUUGAUAUUUGCUGGUGAUGAUUUUGAUGUAACAGAAGACUACAGAAGAUUAAAAAGUCUUCUUAUUGAUUUCUUCAGAGGCCCCACUGUAUCGAACGUCCGGCUGGCUGGAUUAGAGUAUGUUCUGCACUUCACUGCACUGAAUGGGAAAGUUUACUUCCGAAGCUAUAAGCUGCUGUUGAAGAAAUCUGGGUGCAGAACACCACGUAUCGAGCUAGAAGAGAUGGGACCAUCACUGGACCUGGUCAUGAGGAGGACACACCUAGCAUCAGAUGACCUUUAUAAACUGUCCAUGAAAGUGCCCAAGGCUCUCAAGCCAAAGAAGAGAAAGAAUAUCUCUCAGGAUACUUUUGGCACAACAUUUGGAAGGAUUCAUAUGCAGAAGCAAGACUUAAGCAAACUACAAACGAGGAAAAUGAAGGGGUUGAAGAAGCGACCUGCAGAGAAUGGAGUAGAAGACCAGGGGAAAAAAUCAAAGAGAAUUAAGAAAAAUUAGUAGAAC